AUGGUUGAUCCAGAUCAGUAUUGGUCUGAAACGCAGUGUGAGCAGGGGUUGAUUCGAACUGUCGUGGUCAAGAAGCACGAUGCGACCGAUGGAGACCAACUGACACUCAAGGUCAAUGAUAUUGUCAUUGUCAUGGAGAAGGACGAGACUGGCUGGUGGGGAGGGCACAAGGAGGGCGAAGAAACCACCGGAUGGUUUCCAGGAAUUUGCGUUCAGCCACUCGAAGGCUACUAUGAGCCCAGGGAUAGUCGGCGCCACUCGCCGGGUUCUGAUACAGGGAGGCCCAAGAACGAUGAUUAUGCUCAAAGCAGGACUGCGGAAUCGGGUAUCUCCAGCCCUGUCCGUCGCAGCUAUGUGGCUUCACCACAGCGCACCAGCUCAGCUUCUGCACAAGGGAGUCGCGAUGGCUAUGGGGACCAACAAUCCCAGAUACAGGAGCAUCACAAUAGACUGGUGGAAGAUCGACAGGCCCUGAUUCUACAGGUCGAGCAUCUGAAGCAGGAGAACCGCAGUUUGGAGGACAAGCUCCGCAGGCAGAGCGACUGCGAUCGGAGAAGAUACUCACAGCUGGAAGAAAGCUUCGUCACUUUGGAGGCCAAAAGUCGUGAGCACUUGGCGGAACUCAAGGCCACAAGAGACCACAAGAACGAGCUGAGCGAAGCCAACAGCAGCCUGCAAAAGUUGUUGCAGGCUUCCGCAUCAGAGAAAGAAAAGCUUCAGGCCGAGGUAAGGUUCAGGACGGAAGAAGUGCAGAGCCUGAGCACCAAAUUGGAGGUGGAAGUCGGGCACAAGACUGAGCUCAGCGAGGAGAGGAACCGGCUUCUCCGCAGGGUUCAGGAGCUGGAGACUCCAGAGCCACAGCGUCAGGCAGAAAUUGCGCAGGAGGUCCCUCCGGCUGGUGUGGUAAAGCAGCUCCGGGAUGCCUUCGAGCAUGCAGCGGUUGAGCGCGCUUCUACUCCAACGCCGAGACGCCCCGCCAUGUCUGAUCGGGAGCGGUCGAAGGAGCAAGUCACCUGGAACAAAGUGUCUGGGGUCGCGGCGCCCCAGAGCUUACCAGCGCAGGCAGGCACUUCGCGCGGAGCAGGAGGCCCUCGACGAUGCCCUGAGGAUGACUCGGAGUUCUCGCCUUUCCACCGUGGAAAGAAGGACAUGCGGCUGGCGUUUCCAACCGAGGCAGCUUGCCCCAAAACGAGCUCUACAGGCAUUUCAAAGACGGCCGUGGUUGGUCACGUGUUUGGCCCUCAUCAUUGA